GAAGAAGAAGAAGAAGACUCCAUUGAGGAAACCCCUCCCACGCUGUCUUGACACUUGCUCUGCUGGAAAACUGCUUCCUUUCUGUUACAGUGCAUGUGUUUUCAAAUCUCAUCAUGGAAGAGGCGUCUCCUCCUCUGCGAUGCUUUCGUGAAUCACACUCCUCUGAGCUUUUCAGCGAUGACGGCGUGCAAACGGUGACCUCGAAAGAACAGAGAAAAGUUGAACGCAGUAUUCAAGAGGUGUACAGUGUUUACCAGCAAAUUCACACCUCACCGCACCCUGCUUUACUGAGGGAGCAACACUAUCAUUAUCUGAAGAAAGGUUUACGCCAUCUCUCUGAUGCAUAUGAGUGUUUGGAUGCCAGCCGGCCUUGGCUCUGCUACUGGAUCCUGCACAGUCUGGAGCUGCUAGAGGAGCCUGUGCCGGCAGCAGUUGCCUCAGACGUGUGCCAGUUCCUGGCCAGAUGUCAGAGUGCGACAGGUGGGUUCGGUGGCGGUCCGGGUCAACACGCUCACCUGGCUCCCACCUACGCAGCUGUAAACGCCCUGUGCAUCCUGGGUACAGAGGAGGCCUACAAAGUCAUCAACAGAGAGAAGCUCCUGGACUUCCUGUACUCUGUGAAGCAGCCAGAUGGCUCCUUUGUGAUGCAUGUGGGCGGGGAAGUGGACGUCAGGAGUGCAUAUUGUGCCGCUUCUGUGGCUUCACUCACCAAUAUAAUCACCCCCACCCUGUUUGAUGGGACGCACAAUUGGAUUCUCAGCUGUCAGAACUGGGAGGGCGGUUUAGGUGGAGUUCCAGGACUUGAGGCACAUGGCGGCUACACCUUCUGUGGUACUGCUGCUCUGGUCAUACUGGGCAAAGAACAUAUGCUGGAUCUCAAAGCCUUGUUACGCUGGGUAACCAGCAAACAAAUGCGUUUUGAAGGUGGAUUUCAGGGCCGCUGUAACAAGCUGGUGGAUGGGUGUUACUCCUUCUGGCAAGCAGGACUAUUACCGUUACUCCACAGGGCUCUUUUUAAAGAAGGAGACUCAACGCUGAGUGAGAGUAGUUGGAUGUUUGAGAGAGAGGCUCUGCAGGAAUACAUCCUCCUCUGCUGCCAGAAUCCUGGUGGAGGCCUUCUGGACAAACCGGGCAAGUCUAGAGAUUUCUACCACACGUGCUACUGUCUGAGCGGACUCUCAGUAGCACAGCAUUUCGGAAACAAAGACCUCCACAACGAGCUGAUCCUCGGUCAGGACGAGAACAGACUGGCACCAACUCAUCCAGUUUACAACAUCUGCCCAGAGAAGGUCGCCCAAGCGAUUGAACAUUUCCACCGGUUGCCUGUUCCAGUUCAGACAGGACCUACACCAAGUGCAAUGGACCAGUCAUAGACUUUUCCUCUUUUUCUAUUCUAAACGUAUUUUGGGGGUUUGAGCUAGCUUGACCUAACGCAGAGGCAUCUUCUGUAAAUGCUGUAGCCAAACGUCCUUUGCUGGUCUGUAUAGCAUCUACAGAUGGGGAAACACUCUGAGGGUCUGAUCUACUACAGCUUCAGCAUGGGGUUAUGGGUUUUAGCCAGGGAAAACAGUAGAGACUGACUAGGCGAGGUGUUUUUCAUGCACCAGUCGUUGAUUGAUAUUUUAUUGCACAUACCAGCUUAUUUUGGGCUUUGGUAAAUGUUUCCCAGAGUGCACGUGGCAGUAGGUUCUGGACAGAAAUAAAGACUUGGAUGGAAGUUUGUUUUUAAUAUAUCCUGGCUGGUGUAUUGUGGAUGAUCUAUACUCACUGUGGGCAGUCCAUUAUUUGACUUAAACUUCUGUCAUCUCUAAUUUGGAGUGCUGUUUGACUGAAAUUAAUAUGGUAACUGCCAAAUACGUAGAUAUAGUUUGGGUACAACAGACUCUCAGCUACUCAGCCAUGAGUACAGUGUUUACAUUUUGUAAUCUUUGGCUGCAAUUGAAAAAUAUCAUCUGUGCUGUUCAAUGAGCUUUUAAACUGUAUUCAGUCAUGCUUUUAAUCUUAAAAUGCUGGUAUAAAAUAUCAAAACAGAAUCGCAUUUUAUCAUAGUACAUUAAAGGAACAGUUAAUCCAAAAAUGAAUGGGGUGAAGGCAUCUCCUGAUGUGAGCAUAUGAAUAUGCAUCAGUAUGAAUGAAAUUUGAGAGCUACGAUGGAGGGGAACGAAAUCAAUUAAAUUUUAUUUGUUCCUUACACAAAGCUUCACACAUCUGGUUUACAAGACUUUGAUUAAAGCACACACAUAAUAUAGACUAAUUUUAUGGUGCUUUUUUUUGUGUGUGCCGGUUUUUGAGUUUAGUAUCUGAGCUUAAGUGUUUGAAAACUCUAGCAAAGUCAUACAGGUUGGAAACAUGACUGAGUACA